CGCUGAAGGAUUUUCAAAUUUUACAAAAAGACUACUUUGGAUUACAAGCGAAGGUGCGAAUGAUUUGGAUAACGGAGCGAAGGUUGAUUAUAAAAUGAAAAUUGCUUGGCAAUAUAAAGAAAUGAAAAGGUUUGGAUCUGGAAUUAAAAUAAUAGAAAAAAUG